AUGUCGCCCCCCAAAUCUCCUCCAGCCGAGCCCAAGUCUAUCUUAUACCGCGCUCAUGCCUUUCUUGCAAUAUGUGGUGUCAUUUACGGGCUGCUUAUGGUGCUGCUCUUCGUCCCCUUCAUCCAGACCCACGUGCUAUACAUGAACGCCAUCAGGAUACCAUGGUUUGCUAAAUACGAUGUACCUGAACAGUAUGGCUUCGCUCCUGGAAAAGCAGUCAAUCUACGACUGCAGGCGGCGGACAACGUCUCAAUCGGUGCUUGGUUUGUCCUCGCCGACUCGUAUUAUCAAACCAUAUAUCCAUCCUCCCCCGAGUCAUACACAUCACCCACCCGCGAGGAACUCUUAUCUGACCAUAUUCCGCGUGCCGUAGCUUCACGCCCCACCAUCAUUUUCUUCCACGGCAACAUGGCUACCCGCGUCUUCUUUCUGCGUGUCGCAUACUACAAAGCCUUUGCCAGCAGACUCGGUGCCAACGUCCUCGCCAUCGACUACCGGGGUUUCGGCGACUCCGAUGGCACACCCAGCGAGGAUGGCUUGGCAAAGGACGCCCGCGCUGCAUGGGACUGGGUCAUUGAGAUGAAGAAGCAUGCGGGCGCCGACCGAGUUCAAGAUCUCGGUGACGAUGUCCUGAUCGUCGGACAUAGUCUCGGGACUGCGGUGGCAGCACGCCUGGCAGCAGAACUGAGCCAGGAAAAUGUCAAAUAUCGCGGCGUCGUGCUCCUGUCACCGUUCGAGAGCAUAGGAAAUCUGUUGGCUGAAUAUCAUUUCUUCGGGGUCAUCCCACUUAUGAAGCCCAUCCACUCUAUUCCAGGAGCAGGGAAAAUCCUUAACUGGGGCUUGGUGCACAAGUUCGACACAGCUGCAAGACUACAUGAAAUCAAAGAACCCAUACUAAUUGCGCACGCUGAAAACGACUGGGACAUCCCAUCCUCGCAUUCCGAAAAUCUUUUUGCUGCCAUACUCGAUCCCCAUCUCCCAGCAGUUCCCGAAGUCCCUCUCGGGCCUAUUUCAUGGACCAAAGAAGAUUGGGAUGCAUUCACGCAGGAGAAGGCUUUCCGCGUAAAAGCCCGUGAGGCGCUAGUGACGACGUAUUUGAUUCCUGAUGUCGGUCGCAUUGAACGUUUCGAGAAAGGUGGUAGUAAGGCCGUGUUUUUCAAGACUCUUCAUGGGGGGCAUGAUAUGAUUGCUCUCCAAGAAAGCGUUCAAGAGGAGAUGCGUAGAUUAUAUAUGUAG